AGCAUAUCACGUGUUUUUAUUUUUUAUUUUUUUUUUUGAUAUUCGUUAAAUCAUACGUAAAAAUGACAAUCCCCCAAAAGAGUGAAACGUACAAUCUGUUAAGCACAUGGUACACUUAAUACAGAGAGCUCAUAGUCAAGUGCCAUUAUUGAAGUACAAAAAUCUACAAAUACAGUAACGCAGAGAAAUCUGACCACUCUCAUGGCUUUACUAUCAUCGAAGGGAGUGGUAGUAUCUCUGCCGGUGCUAGUCCUCUCCGGCGCCGCCUUAUCCGUCGUAUUCCUCUUCUUCCUUUUGUCCUCACCACCACCGUGUAAUUGCCCUGUCACUCCGACAACCACCACCUCCGCCACCGUCGGUGGCGACUUCAGAUCGGGUGUCGGCGAACGGAUCUCGACGUCGUCAGAGGAUAUAGAAUGGGUGAAGAAACAGAUCGAAGGUAAUGGAUUACAUAUGGCGGAGAAUGUGCUACGUAAAGGGAUCAACCCUCGUACUCGUGAACAACAGCUACAGGAUCUUCUUCAGUUCAAGGGCAUAUCACAUUAUGAAGGAGAACAAGCAAAUAAUCACACUGCCCUUCCUUGUCCUGGUGAACUCCUUGUAGAACAGCACCAUAGCAAUUAUGGAGAACCAUGGGCAGGAGGGAGGGAUGUUUUUGAAUUCCUUGCAGAGUCCGCCCAUGUAACCCCAAAUUCCCAGGUUCUUGAGAUUGGUUGUGGGACUCUUCGUGUUGGAUUACAUUUCAUCCGGUAUUUGAACCCAGAACACUUCCACUGUCUCGAGAGAGAUGAACUUUCUUUAAUGGCUGCAUUCAGAUACGAGCUUCCAUCUCAGGGCUUAUUACACAAGCGUCCCCUUAUCGUUAGAGGUGAAGACAUGGAUUUUAGUAAAUUUGGAUCUGGAACUAUGUAUGAUUUGAUAUAUGCAAGUGCUGUUUUUCUUCAUAUUCCUGAUAAACUUGUUUGGUUUGGUUUGGAGAGGUUAGCUAGUAAAUUGAAACCUCUAGAAGGUCGAAUCUUUGUGUCACAUAAUAUCAAGUUUUGUUCACGUUUGGGAGGAGACGAAUGCACAAAGAGGUUGAAUGAUUUAGGGCUAGAGUACAUUGGCAAGUUUACACAUGAUAGUUUGCUAUUCAAUCAUUAUGAAAUUUGGUUUGGGUUUAGGAGAUUCAGAGGUUGAAGUCGUGUGGCAGCUUGUUUGAAAACCUAGUAUUCUCAUGUCUAAAGCUGUUGAACAUUCUUUUGUUGCAAUUUUUUUGCUGGAAAGUUUGGAGUGAAAUAGAUCUUUGUAGCAUUUGUGUGCAAGAGGUACUCCAAUUUUCCAUAUGGAGGUGGAUCGUCAUUUACCUAAAGCUAACUCCUAUACUUGAAGAAUCAAGCAUUAGCUACAGACGCUGAUUAUGUGAUGAAGCGACAAUUUCUUGCAGAAAAGCUGGUAUAUGGAACAAGGUUGAUCUGUAUCAUACCCGAGUUUGUAACUUGGACUGUAUUCUGAACUUCCUAGUUGUAGCAGGCUUUUUCAUUAUCUGCUAUGUUGUGCAUUAUUUCAGUGAAACAAGUGGCUAUUUGUUAUUCUUGCUUCUAGAUUAUGUUUAAUGCAAUUUAGGAUUAUCGUCCA